AUGAAGGUAUGGAAGUUUGCAGCCAUAGGCACCAUGGUUUUCGGCUCCAUGCUCUCCAUUUUGGUUUGUAGAGACGUGCUCAGCUGGCGCCUCAAAUCCGCUGCCUUCCCUUUGUCGCUGUUCUCCAGAACUGACGCAACUGACGCCUCCUCCUCCUCCUCGUUGGCCCAGGGGUCCAGAAGACUUCCGCGGGAGCUGGGACGCCACAGGUCGCUGAUCUCCCAGUACAGCACUUUGUUCGAGAGCUACACAGAAGGGGAAAUCCACCAGCUGAUCUCCACGUUGAUCGAGCGCUACAGCCAGUCCAUGAACUCGGGAGAACACGAGCUGCCUCUCUUGGCCAAAGCCGGCAACCGGAUGAAGCGCGCCAAGGCCCGCCACAAGCCCUGCUCCCUCAAGGAGCUGGAGGUGACCAUCAGCGAGCUAGGCCUGGGCUACAAUUCGGAUGAGACAGUCCUUUUCCGCUACUGCAGCGGGACCUGCGACUCGGCCGUGCGGAACUACGACCUCUCCCUGAAGCACGUGCGGAGCAUUAGGAAGAUCCGGAAGGAGAAGGUGCGAGCGCGUCCGUGCUGCAGGCCGUUGUCCUACGACGAUGACAUCUCGUUCUUGGACACGGGUAACCGAUACUACACCGUAAACGAGGUCUCGGCCAAGGAAUGUGGCUGCGUGUGA